AUGACGAUACGCUGGCAUUUUGCUCGUUUGCUCAGCGUUUCGUUGAACAGAAAUUGGAAACGCUGUCGUUAAGUUUGUCUCCUUCGGCUCUCCGUAGAUCUCCGACAUAUUGUUUGCGAGGAGCAAAUUCUGGAAGACGAGGAGAGUGUUACGAUUACAACGUUGAUAUAACCAGUAAUCAAAGCGUAUACCCGCAAAGAAAGCACGAUGGAGCCUUCAGGAAGUCCUGCAAAGGAUAAUUUCAGGAUGAACCGUUACAAGAACAAAGCACUCAACCUGGAGGAGAUGCGUCGGAGAAGGGAGGAGGAAGGCAUUCAGCUGAGGAAACAGAAACGAGAGCAACAGCUGUUUAAGAGGAGAAAUGUGGAGCUCCUGGGUGAAGAAGGGGGAAUGUUUGACAGUCCACUUACGGAUUCCUACAUCUCCUCCACCACAGCACCAGAUGGAGUAAUUACAAGAGACAUGGUUGAAAUGCUCUUCUCAGAAGAUCCUGAACUACAACUGGUCACAACACAGAGAUUCAGAAAACUGCUUUCCAAAGAACCAAACCCUCCUAUUGACGAGGUUAUAAGCACACCGGGAGUUGUGAAUAGAUUCGUUGAGUUCCUUCAAAAAAGUACCAAUUGCACUUUACAGGUGAGAUGUGAUGAAAUAAAGGCACUGACCAACAUCGCAUCUGGAACAUCUCAACAGACAAAGUUUGUGAUCGAGGCCGGUGCUGUACCUGUCUUUAUCGAGCUUCUCAACUCAGAGUUUGAAGACGUGCAGGAGCAGGCUGUUUGGGCUUUGGGGAACAUUGCGGGAGACAGCGCUGUGUGCAGAGAUUAUGUGCUAAACUGUAAUAUACUUUCUCCUCUACUAAUGCUGCUGACCAAAUCAACUCGUCUAACAAUGACCAGGAAUGCUGUGUGGGCCUUGUCCAACCUCUGCAGAGGCAAAAGUCCACCCCCAGACUUUGAGAAGGUGUCUCCAUGCCUGCCUGUGCUGUCCCGUCUUUUGUUCAGCAGUGAUUCAGACCUGCUGGCUGAUGCCUGUUGGGCUUUGUCCUAUCUCUCUGAUGGGCCCAAUGAGAAGAUCCAAGCAGUUAUUGAUUCAGGGGUCUGCAGGAGGCUGGUGGAGCUGCUCAUGCAUACCGAUUACAAGGUGGCCUCUCCUGCUCUGAGGGCCGUUGGAAACAUUGUUACAGGAGAUGACAUUCAGACACAGGUGGUGUUGAACUGCUCAGCUCUCCCCUGCCUCCUGCACCUGCUCAGUAGUGCCAAGGAAUCCAUCAGGAAGGAGGCCUGCUGGACUAUCUCCAACAUCACAGCGGGAAACAGAGCGCAGAUUCAGACCGUAAUAGAUGCAAACAUCUUCCCAGUCUUGAUAGAUAUCCUACAGAAAGCAGAAUUCCGCACCAGGAAGGAGGCGGUGUGGGCGAUCACUAAUGCCACGUCAGGUGGCACACCUGAGCAGAUCAGGUAUCUGGUGAAUUUGGGCUGCAUUAAACCUCUUUGUGAUCUUUUGACUGUGAUGGACUCCAAGAUCGUACUGGUGGCUUUGAAUGGUUUGGAGAACAUUCUCAGACUGGGCGAGCAGGAGGCCAAACAGAACGGCAGCGGCCUCAACCCUUACUGCAGUCUUAUAGAGGAAGCCUAUGGUUUGGACAAAAUCGAGUUCCUACAGAGUCAUGAAAAUCAGGAGAUCUACCAGAAAGCCUUUGACCUCAUCGAGCACUAUUUUGGAGUAGAGGAAGAGGAUGCCAGUCUGGCACCCCAGGUGGAUGAGAACCAGCAGCAGUUUCUUUUCCCGCAGCAGGAGGCCCCCAUGGAGGGCUUCCAGCUAUAACCAGCCUUCAGACACUUCCCGGCUGCCCCUUCCCUUUACACCCAUCCCUGCACCCCAUACCGGUACUAAAACAUACGUCGGAAACACUCAGUGCAACCAUUCAUAUCUGGGUGAAGCAAAUUUUCGACCUGUGACACAGACUGAUUUAUUUAUUCACUGAGGUGUGUCUCACACAGGGGAACAUAUCCACUGCCCUGUCACACACAAGAGAGCUGGAUUUUAGUUUCUUUCAUUUCCCCCCCUCAGUGAUGCAGCUAAAUAAUCAUCUACCUCAGGUAGAGAUUGUGGCGCUGUCUUUUUUUUUUUUUUUUUUUUU